AUGCAAUCAAAGGUGUUACUUCCUUUGUACAUCUAUCCAAACCCUGGAGCGUGGGAUCCGCUCUACACCGCCUUGUCCAAACACCCGCACCUCGACUUCCUGAUUAUCCUCAACCCAAACAGCGGGCCGGGCACCGCACCCUGGUGGCCCAACGCCGACUACCUACGCGAGAUCCCGCGGCUCAAUGCGCUGCCCAAUGUGACAACGCUGGGCUACGUUCGCGCGACGUAUUGCGAGCGGGCGCACGGCGAUAUCUGCAGCGAUAUCUGUACGUAUGCGGAGCGGGGGCGCGCGGAUGCGCGGAUGAAGAUGCAAGGCGUGUUUGUGGAUGAGACUGUGAAUUUGUAUUCCAAGGAGAUGAAAAGGUAUCUUGAUGGCAUUGAUGAGCGGGUGAAGCGGGAAGAUGCGUUUGGUACCGAGGGCUUGGUCAUUCAUAAUCCGGGGACGGCGGUGAAUAAAGGGUUGGCAGCGCCUGGGCCGGAUGUUACGGUUGUGGUGGAGACGUCGUAUGCGCAUUUUGCGAGCAAGGAGUAUCAGGAGUGGCUUGCGACGUCGCCGUAUGGGCGUGAGCGCGCGGCGUACAUGGUGCAUUCGGUGCCAGAGGAUCAGGUUGAGGGGCUUACGAGGGCGCUGCGGAAGAAGGCGGCGUAUCUCUUUGUGACGAGUGCGACUUCGGAGUUCUAUGAGAAGUUUGGUGAUAGUUGGGAGAAGUUUGUCGCGGUUAUGGCGGAGCCGUGA